AUGAAUCAACGCGCUGAAGAUGCCGAAUUUGACGUCGCUUAUGCGGGCGUCAUCUCUGAUGUAAGCUUCGUGUCCAUAGAUCCUAGCGGACGUAGCGACCUGUUGAAGAUCAUCGACCAAGCGCAGAGCAGCGGAUCGAUCGCACCCAUGCACUGCCUCCAGCCAGACUCGCACCGGAUCAGCAUCGCUCGACACCAUGUUCAUGUGAAGGCGGCCGCCAGUCAGCAAAUUGAGCUAAGGGUUCCACUGCAUAUCAUCGCUUCUAUUGGCUACAUUCAAGAGGACAGCAUUCAUAUCAUUUGCAUCAAUAUCGGUCCCGAUCCGCGGAAUCGACAGGUCCGUGACCUUGUCGUUCUCGUCGCGCCGAACAAGAUCGUAUCCGAGGAUGUAUGUAAUGUGCUGAACAGUCGAUUCCAAGCUGUAUAUCGAGAAGCUGUUGUCAGCCUGACGGAUAGGAAGUCGUUUAAGAGCUCGUUUCCUCCACCGACAUCACAAAAUUCCGCUGGAAGAGGACGUGGUUCCUUGCCUCAAGAAAGUGCGGAAACAAAAACCUCACUUUACACUACAAGCGAUUCAAACAACGAUGCUGUCAGCGAAUACUUAGCACUGGCGUCGUCGAGCUUAAAUGAAAUGGAAUUUCGCGAGUACGCUGAAUUAUUACACCGCUCGAAGCAUGGGGAACUUCCGCUGAGGGAACUGGCUCAUAAACUCAUGGAACUCUUCGGUCCACGGAGGAAACAUCUACUCACACGGCUGCACUUGUUGAUUCGGGACGAGGAUCAAAGUGAAUUCCGAGAGUUCCUUGAACUGCACAAUAUUACGGAUUCGGACUCUGUGUAA